AAAAAAUUGUCGACCUGUUUUUCUUCUCGCGAGAGCAGGGCGGAAAAUGUUUUGCAGAGUCGAGACGUGAGCUCACGGUUCGCCUCGAGCAUGGUUGCGCAGCAUGAGUAAGGUGUCGCUGCGUGCCUGAGCGACAUGACACAGCUCUUGAGCGCACUGCCUUUUCUCCAGUUGCCUCUCUGGCUGUGUUGUUGAAGCAGAGCUUCUCUUUCGAGGUUGCUGAGCAGACACACAGCGAUACCAGCUCUUCUACCCCCAUCUCUUCGCAAUGAAGACCUACAAAUCCCCCAAACAAAUCAAUAUCCCAACAGACCUCUCCCUAACCCAGCUCCUUCAUACCUCGACAACACCGCCUCUUCCACCUUCGCACCUCAUCGCUAGCGACUCUCUCACGCACCGCUCGCUUACUUUGCAAGAGCUACGAACGAAUGCCGGACGGAUAGCGAACGGGCUGUCUAAGACCUAUCGGCCACGGGACCAGUCACACUGGGCAGUUAUUCUACCCAACUCUUGCGAUUAUGUGGAGAUUGUGCACGCUGUGUUGUGGAUGGGAGGCGUUGUAUGUCCAAUAAACCAUGCAAUCGUAGUGGCCGAAAUAGCGCACGGCUUUACGGUGACACGACCGGCUUUCGCCGUUGUGUAUGGUCCAGCCGUGCCGAAGGUCGAGGAAGCUAUCGCAAUAGCAGAGAAAGAUUUGAAAGCGCAGGGCGUGAGCUGGAGAGCACCGACGAUAAUAACGAUUAUUGAGCGAGGGUCCUCCAGAUCCUAUCAUCACAUUCCGGACGACUUUUCCUCGUUCAGAGGAACGCUUCACAUCUCAGAGUAUGCCGACACGAGGCUACGACUGGCAACAAUCCAUCUGUCUUCGGGAACCACAGGAAAACCGAAAGGCGUGGAGCUGACCCAGUACAACUUCGUGUCGAACGUAAAGCAGCUCGAAGCUCACGAUUCGGCACAGUUCCAUCGUGGUAGCAGAAUCGUGGCUUUCACGCCCUUUGCGCAUAUCGGCAAUACUACAUUUCCCCUCUUCUUCGGACCAUACAUGGGAAUAUGGCAUCAUGCGAUGCCCCAGUUUGAGCUCGAAGCUUUCGCGAAAUUGGUCGAUAGCGUGAAGCCCACCAUCUUCCAAGGCGUACCGAGCGUGGUCAUUAGCUUUGCCAAUACCGAUAUUACACAUCGAUAUGACUUUUCGAAGGCCGAGAAGAUAGACUGCGGGGGUCCACCGUUCAAGAAGGACAUGUUCGACAGGCUGAUGAGUAAAGCGCCGUGGCGAGUGAACCAAGUGUAUGGCAUGACGGAAGGUGCUGGAUACAUUGCAUAUCAGCGGAAAGGCGACGCACAACCCGACAAUGUAGUCGGUCCGCUAUUGCCAAACAUCGAGAUCGCGCUACGAGUGAACGAUGGAAAAGACGAUGCGCCAGAAGGUGGACCAGGAGAAAUGUGGCUCCGAGGACCAAACAUAACACGCGGCUACGCCUUCAACCACGACGCCAACAAAUCUGCCUUCCCCGUCUCAGGCUGGUACAACACCGGCGACGUCUGCACCAUCUCCAAGACGGGAGUGAUCGCGGUCGUCGGAAGAACCAAGGAACUCAUAAAAUACAAGGGCUUCCAAGUGAGCCCUGCCGAGCUCGAGACGUACCUGAACUCGCAUCCGCACGUUAUCGAAGGAGGUGUCGGUCCGGUCUUCGACGAGAGCCAAUUGACUGAGCUACCGACGGCGUAUGUGAUAUUGAAGGAGCACUUGGUGAACGAGAUGGAUAGAAAGCAAGCGCUCCGGCAGAUACAUGCUGAGGUGGAUGACAAAGUCAGCGGGUAUAAGAAAUUGAGGGGCGGUGUCUGGGAGGUAAAGAGCUUACCUAAGAAUCCCACGGGGAAGAUACUGAGGAAACAGUUGAAGGAUAAGAGGAGUGGCCUGACCUCGCUGGACCGUGGGGACAGGAGAGCUAAACUCUGAUAAGGAAGUUGAGAGCCAGUGGAUGAAGAAAGCGUCAACUCUAGACCAACUGGAUAGACCUCAAAUGCUGAAUAACAGAAUGGUUGAUCGAACCUCUAAGAGGGGAUGUUCUCAAAUCACCUUAUAUGCAGGCACUAAGUUAGCCUAGGUUAACAUAAUUACAACGAGUACAAGACGAGUUCUCAACACUGCCGCAAAGCGAA